AUGGCUACAAAAAGAUCGAGAGCUACUUUUGAAGACGAGCAUCUCCACGCUCCCUACGCCAUAUACGGCACUCCCUUACCCCCCCUUGACCCUGAAGUUCGCGACGAUGGCUCCUAUGUCCCGGUUUGGAAGCAGGAGGUGCGGGAUGACCAGGGAAGGAAACGUCUUCAUGGCGCCUUCACUGGAGGAUUCAGUGCUGGGUAUUUCAAUACAGUCGGUUCGAAGGAGGGCUGGACUCCAUCGACCUUUGUAUCUUCCCGUCGCAAUCGCGCAAAAGAUGCGAAACAACAAACUCCACAACAAAGACCAGAAGACUUUAUGGAUGAGGAGGAUCUGCUCGAAGCGGAAAAUACGAGGAGACUUCAGACAGCUGGGGAUUAUACUGGCUUUGGCUCGACGGCGGCUGAUACCACGCGGUUAGGUGGUUUCAUGGAUCUUUUCAAAACCGCUGGGGAUACAAUUGGCGUCAAGCUACUGAAACGUAUGGGCUGGAAGGAGGGACAAGGAAUCGGCCCGAAAGUGCGACGAAAAGCAGACCUUGGCGAUGCAGCUGAUGAACAGUGUGGAGUCCAUCUCUUUGCGCCGGCUAACCUUCCAACAAUAACGUUUUUGAAGAAAAGUGACUAUAAAGGUCUUGGACAUGAAGGUGAAGCUCGGCUCAAUGUAGCCACAAGGCUGGAUGCAGGAACUAACCGAAGAGCCUUGACUCCGAGGGGAAAUUUCGAUGAAUUCGCUGGCCCUAAACUCCCGAGAAAUGGAAACGCCUCUCCAAAGUCAAAACAACCUAGAAGGGGAGGUUUUGGCGUUGGAGUUCUAAACGAUACUGGUUCUGAUGACGAUGAUCCCUAUGAAAUGGGCCCGCAGAUUUCCUACAAUCGAUUUAUCGAUCAUGACAAGAAAGCGAAGAAAAUAACCAGCAACAACAGCUCUUCAAUGAAACCGUCAAUGGGGCUCUCAAAUCCACUAUUAGGCAGCACCAAGCCGGUUUUUAUCUCGAAGAAAAAAGCAGCAGUUGAGAAGACAAAAGCAGGAUUCAGGAAAUGUCACGAUGGACGCCUACCGCUGGAUGGAUUCCUUCACGGUAUAAAUACCGCAUGUUCGACCAUCUCCUCACAUGAGAAAAAGUAUGCGGCACCAGAGAUUCCAAAAGAUUGGAAGCCCACGAAAGAGCCAUCUCGCCCAGGCCCCAUACAAAAUUAUAUAUCACAUACUGAAGCUGCAAAGACAUCAUCCCUAGACCCUACAUCGAGAGCUGCACUACUGGGUGAAGACCAAUUACCGGGUAAAUCAGUGUUCGACUACAUGACUCCAGCAGGGCGUGAAAAGAUUGCUAAAGCUACAGGACGCACUGACCUACCCUCAGCCCUUGGGGAGAAGGGACCAGAAGGUUUCGAAACCAGAGAGGCUCCAAAACAAAAAGACCUUUGGAACCUCGUGCCAAAAUUGGACAAAGACCUCGCGACACAAGCCCUUAAUCGUGGGAUUCGUGGCUGGAUGCCUUACGCGGAAGACGAAGCCAAGCGAUCACGAUACCGUUCAUUCCUCGAAGUCCGUGCGGGCCUACGGGACAAGCUCCCCGACCGCGCACCGGAUGCAUCGACAGAUAACUGGGUCAUCGAGCUGCAAGAAUUCGCGCGUGCCGCGGAAGUGUUCAAGCCGAUGUCGGGUUUGAUGGCUUCCCGCUUCACUUCCUCCAAUUCCUCGGCCGUCUCCCAACCACAACCACAUCCCAAAACAGAAAGAGCAGAUAAUGCCCAACAUGAGGCCCUCCUUCGCAGACCAGAUCCAAAACCUCAAGAUCCCGCCGAAGCAGCUGCGAAAAUCGGCAUGUACGGCCCCCUGACGCGAUCAUCUGUUCCCUUCUCUCCCUUUAGACUUCUGUGUAAACGUUUCAACGUCCGGCCCCCAGCAAACAUCUCUUUUGAUACGGGUGAUAUCCCUGGCGGUCACGGUUAUGGGGCUCCCAGUCGGACCCCUACCGCGCCAUCUGGCUCUAAGUUGGAUAUCUUAUCUAAGGAGGCCGUGAAUCGGAUUCUUAUGGGAGCAGGAGCUGUUGAAGCGAUAGGAGGUGCAGGCGUAGUUGGAGCUGAAGGUGAGCAGCAGCAGCAGCUCGAACAGCAACACCUGAAAAAGGAAGAUGUUAUUGUUGAUCCUGGGCGAAACGAGGCACUGGAGGCAGCGAGGCCUGGCGAUGCAGUGUUCAAAGCCAUAUUUGGCAGUGAUGACCAAAACGACGAGGACGAUGAUGAGGGGAUUGAUUGAUUGAAGACAAUGGCACUGCCAGUUCCCCCACCCCCUUUUUUUUUUCGAUCUACAUGAGCUUUCACCUUAUCCGGAAGCUUUUAUGGUUUCUACAUUUUCCUAUUGGGAUGUUGGAAGCGGGGGGAGAGAAUAGGAGGUUGAAUGGAAGCACAAAAAUGCAAAUCAACCGAAAAAAUGAGAUCUAAACUUCCGGCGUUUGACGAGAGAUUAGAUCCCUCUCUACCCCCUCAGUGCCGCAAUGUUUCUGUCUAGCACACGAUUCAUAAAUUGCAAGGCGUAAAUACGAAGCUGAUGUUCCACAUAACAAUAUCAAUGAAAUUCCUGUUGGUACUUUCAUGGGUUUGUAU